AUGUAUGCAAAAUUAGACUCCCUAAAAAAAACCGUAGAUACCAAUAAGUUUGGACCAGGGAGAAAAACAGACCCCGUUAGAAAUUUUGAAACUAAGGAAACAACAUUCAAAAUUGAACUUUAUGAAAGUAGUGGUGAAGGUACUGUUAUAAUUCAACCUAAAAAUACAAAACCAGAAACAAUUGUUUUUCAAGACUCUGUUGAAUUCUCUCGUAUUUAUUAUGGUUCUCUACUAUUCUUCACCAAUAGUGGAAAAGAAACCUUAAAACUUACCACCGAUUGCCCUUAUGAGCCAUAUGUUUAA